UUCUUCUUCUUUUUUCUUUGUUGGUCGCUUUGAUUUUGAUUUGCUAUCGAAGCCUUUGAUCACCCUCAAGAAAAGAAGACAUGGACAAGACUCAAUUGCAACAACAAGCUGUCAUCAUGCGAAGCUCACUCUUUGAUGAGGGGUACCUAGACGAGCAAUUCAUUCAGCUAGAGGAUUUGCAAGACGAUGUUAAUCCCAAUUUUGUGGAAGAAAUUGUGACCCUAUUCUAUAGCAACUCUGUAAGAUUGGUCUACAACAUAGAACAAGCACUGAUGAGUAAACCUACGAAUUUCGCCAGGCUAGAAGAUUACAUGCAUCAAUUCAAGGGUAGUUGCUCUAGCAUUGGAGCAAAGAAGGUGAAGAAUGAAUGUACUAGAUUCAGCGAAUAUUGCGCAGCAAAAAACUUUGAGGGAUGCUUCAGGACUUUCCAACAAAUCAAUCAAGAGUAUACGACUUUGAAGAAGAAGCUUGAAACUUACUUGCAGGACACAUUAAAGUCAUAUCCACCAGAAAACAAACAGAUGAAAAAGGCCAAUGUAUUUGGGAUCAUAGCAAUGACAAUACUUUUCCUCCUAUGUGGUAGCCUUGGCUAUGCUGCUUUCGGGGAUCAUACACCUGGUAACAUCCUCACUGGCUUUGGAUUUUACGAGCCCUUCUGGUUGGUCGCUUUGGGAAAUGUGUGCAUUGUAAUUCACAUGGUAGGAGCAUAUCAGGUGAUUGCUCAACCAAUAUUUCGUAUAGUUGAGAUGGGUGCUAACAUGGUGUGGCUACAUUCAGCUUUCAUAAAUAAGGAAUACCCAACAAAAAUGGGCUCCUUAACGUUCAGUAUCAACCUGUUUAGGCUAAUUUGGAGGACAAUAUUUGUGAUAGUGGUCACGAUUAUUGCAAUGGCGAUGCCAUUUUUCAAUGAGUUUCUUGCCCUGCUUGGUGCAUUUGGGUUUUGGCCACUCAUUGUUUUCUUCCCAAUACAAAUGCACAUUGCACAGAAACAGAUUAAAGGACUAUCAGUGAAGUGGUGUUUGCUCCAACUAUUGAGCUUCGUGUGCUUCCUUGUUUCAGCAUCCGCAGGAGUUGGUUCCAUUCGUGGAAUUAGCAAGAAUAUCAACAAAUACAAACUCUUCAUGUAUAAACAAUAGCCCAUUU